GACUCCCACUUGAACCAAUCACUCAAGAAACAAAGAGAAAAUGGGAGAGAUUGAAGUGAAAAUGGAAGUAGGGUUUGAUGGUGUUGCCAUCAUCACCUUCUCUAAUCCUCCUGUUAAUGCCUUUGCAAUCUCAAUUAUUGCUUCGUUGAAGGAGAAAAUUGGAGAAGCUAUGAGCAGAGAUGAUGUAAAAGCGAUCGUUUUGACUGGCAAACAUGGGAUGUUUUCAGGUGGAUUUGACAUCAAUGUGUUCCAAAACGUUCAAAAGACUGGAAACUUAUCUCUUCUACCUGAUUUUUCCAUUGACUUUGUGGUCAACACGAUUGAAGAUGCAAAGAAACCUAUAGUUGCCGCGAUAGAAGGACUUGCACUUGGGGCUGGAUUAGAAGUUGCAAUGGGAUGUCAUGCACGUAUUGCAGCUCCAAAGGCUCAACUCGGCUUGCCCGAAUUGUCUCUUGGAGUUAUCCCUGGCGGCGGAGGUACCCAACGACUUCCAAGGCUAUUGGGUUUGCCAAAGGCAAUUGAGAUGAUAUUGACAUCUAAACCGAUACUCUCUGAAGAAGGGAAAACGCUAGGUCUCAUUGAUGACGUUGUGCCUCCUCAAGAGUUGUUGAAAGUCUCUAGGCAAUGGGCAUUAGACAUCGCCAACGAGCGUAAACCUUGGGUCCGCUCGCUUCACUGUGUAGACAAGAUUGGUUCGAUAUCUGAAGUGAAUGAGGUAAUUAAGUUUGCUAGGCACCAAGCCAAACGAACCGCGCCUAAUUUGACACAUCCUCAGGCGUGCCUCGAUGUAAUUGAGGAAGGCAUCGUGCAGGGAGGACACCCCGGUGUUUUGAAGGAGCGAGAAGUGUUUAGCGAUCUUGUUGUUUCAGACACCUCGAAAGGUCUUGUUCACGUGUUCUUUGCACAACGUGCAACCUCAAAGGUACGUAAUGUCACUGAUAAAGGGAUCAAGCCAAGGGCGGUCAAGAAAGUUGCUAUCAUCGGUGGAGGUUUAAUGGGUUCGGGAAUAGCUACAUCCCUUAUAGUUAGUAAUACGUACGUUGUUCUUAAGGAAGUCGACUCCGAGUAUCUUCAAAAGGGGAUAAAAAUGAUCGAAGAAAAUGUCCGAGGUUUGGUUGCGAAGAAAAAGUUGUCACAACCCCGAGCGGAGAAAGCGUUGUCGAUGAUUGAAGGGGUAUUGGACUACUCGGAAUUCAACGAUGUGGAUAUGGUCAUAGAGACUGUUACUGAGGAUCUUCAGUUAAAGCAAGAAAUCUUCGGUGAAAUCGAGAAGGUGUGUCCCCCUCAUUGCAUUUUCGCAACCAACACGUCGGCCAUUGACCUCGACUUAAUUGGAGAGAAACUGGGAUGUCAAGAUCGAGUCGUGGGCGCACAUUUCUUCAGUCCUGCUCAUUUGAUGCCGUUGUUGGAGAUCGUUCGAACCGAAAAGACUUCCGUACAAGUGAUCAUCGAUCUCAUGACAGUCGGGAAAAUCAUAAAGAAAGUCCCUGUCGUCGUGGGAAAUUGUACGGGCUUUGCCGUUAAUCGCGCCUUCUUUCCAUACAAACAAAGUGCACACAUGUUGCUUCAUUUAGGUGUCGACUUGUUUAGAAUCGACCGACUGAUCCGCAACUUCGGGUUCCCAAUGGGACCAUUCCAGCUUGAAGACUUGAGUGGAUAUGGUGUAGCAGUUGCUGUUAGUAAAAGAUAUGCCACAGCUUUUCCUGAUCGAUCAUUCUACUCUCCUCUUACUGAGCUUCUAAUCAAAGAUGGACGAAAUGGUAAAAACAAUGGGAAAGGGUAUUACGUUUACGAAAAAGGUAGCAAGCCAAAGCCUGAUCCUCUCGUGCUACCAAUUAUCGAGGAGUCGAUAAGGCUAGCCAAUCUUAUGCCGGAAGGAAAGCCCAUAUCCGUCACCGACCAAGAAAUAGUCGAGAUGGUACUCUUUCCGGUGGUGAAUGAGGCAUGUCGUGUUCUAGAGGAAGGAAUCGUUACUCGAGUAAUUGACCUUGACAUUGCAUCUGUUCUUGGCAUGAGUUUCCCUUCUGAACGUGGUGGCAUCAUGUUUUGGGCAGAUUUGGUUGGGAGUAAACACAUAUAUACAAGUCUCAAGAAUUGGUCCGAAGAAUAUGGCAACUUGUAUAAACCAUCAAGAUUCUUGGAAGAAAGAGCUAUGAAUGGUGUCCCAUUGAGUGCACCUGUUUCAGCAACACCUAAAACCACAAGUUCUAGUUCUCAACCGUAAGCAACUGGAUUAUGAAUCAAGUUGAUAUGCAUCAAUCAAGUUACGUGAAGCCGAUUGUCUAAUAAAAAUGGGUCUUUUUUCUCAAGACUUCGGCAACAAUUUAAAUUUGCAGUGUUCGUUGCUUUGUAGUGUUCGUUGCUUUGUUGUCUUUAUUUUAUAUUCGAAUUGUUAAAGAAUAAAGUUAAGGUUUCGAUCGAUUACAAUCA